AUGUCAUUCUCAUCUGGGGCUGUGAACACGUUGACUCCGUAUGUCACCGGCGUCUACAAAGAACACUCGUUGACAGCCACCACUACCAUUCUAUUCAGCCUGGUUGGGGCCUUGAUCAAGCUGCCAUAUGCAAAAAUGCUCGACAUUUGGGGCCGCCCGCAGUCUUUUGCUGUGAUGACCGGCUGUAUGACGCUGGGCUUGGUGAUGAUGGCUGCGUGCAACAGUGUCGAGAUGUACUGCGCUGCCCAGGUCUUCUACCCGUCCCCAUACAUUGUCACGACCUGGGCCUAUGGCCCCGCCGUAAGCAGCAUCUUAGCCACUACUGGAAUUCCCUGGGGGUUUGGGAUUUUCUCAAUCGUCACCCCGGUGAUGUGUUUGCCAUUAUUCUAUCUCUUCUAUUACAACCAGUCGAAAGCUGAAAAGGCAGGACUCAUCUCCAAGUCCCAGACAGACCGUACGCUGUGGCAGUCGAUCAUUCAUUACGGCAAGGAGUUUGAUGUCAUUGGGCUCCAGGAUGUGGAAGGCCCCAUUGAUCAUCAGCUUUUUGAUCAUCGGACCCGUCUUGCUCGUGGCAUUUGUCCUCUGCGAGAGAUACCUGGCACCCGUCACAUUCAUUUCAUGGCGACUGUUGACCAACAGAACGGUCUUUUUCACCUAUGCGAUGGCUGCGAGUAUAUCUACACCUCCUGGUACCUUUGGGACAGCUAUUUUUGGUCCAUGCUCAUCGUCGUGUUCAGCCAAUCCACCACUCAUGCCACCUACAUCAGCAACAUCUACACCAUCGGUUCUUGCUUCUGGUCGGUCGUGGUGGGCAUCAUCAUCCGAUUUAAUGGGCGUCUCAAAUGGCAUGCGCUGUACUUCGGCGCCCCUCUCAGCCUCCUAGAGGUUGGCCUGAUGAUCAAGUUCUGCGAGGCUGGCGUGAAUAUAGGGUACAUCAUUAUGUGCCAAAUUUCCAUCGCCUUUGGUGGUGGAACAUUGGUGAUUCGCGAGCAAAUGACCAUCAUGGCUGUGUCAUCCCAACAGGACACUCCUUCUCUUCUUGCCAUGGAAUCGAUGUUUAUCAACAUCGAACAGGCUGUGGGGUCAACGAUUGCCGCCACCUUAUGGCAGGGCAUCUUCCCCGUUAAACUCCAGGAGUACCUGCCUGCAGAUGCGAUGUCCAAUUUUGCCCAAAUCUAUGGAAAGCUUUAA